AUGGAUGCCCGCCAGGUGUUGCAGAGCACCUUGUCGCCAGACGCGGCGGAACGUACCAAUGCUGAGCAGCAACUCGCUCACGCGGCGGAGGUCGACUUUGCUGCCUACCUUGUCACCCUGGGCCAGGAGCUCGCCAACGACAGUAGCCCCGCCCACAUUCGAGUCGCUGCAGGUAUCGCCCUGAAGAACGCUUUCACCUUCCGAGACCAAGCCAAGCUGCGCGAGGUGCAGCAGCGAUGGGUCCAGCAGAUUCCCCCCGAGACCAAGACGCAGGUGAAGGAGCUCGCGCUCAAGACCCUGCAUUCGGCCGAUACCCGAGCUGGAAAUGCCGCCGCGACGCUGAUUGUUUCCAUCGCCGCGAUCGAGCUGCCUCGCAAUGAGUGGCAAGAUCUGAUGGGUAUUCUGGUCCAGAAUGUGGCCAGCGGCACCGACGCCCUGAAGCAGUCGUCGCUCGCUGCUAUCGGUUUCAUCUGCGAGUCCCAAGACCCUGAUCUCCGCCAGAGCUUGACCGCACACUCCAAUGCCAUUCUGACUGCUGUCGUGCAGGGCGCCCGCCGCGAGGAGCAGAACAUGGAUGUUCGCUUUGCUGCUAUUGCGGCGCUCAGUGACGCCGUGGAGUUCGUGCGCUCCAACAUGGAGAACGAGGGAGAGCGCAACUACAUUAUGCAGGUCGUCUGCGAGGCGACUCAGGCUGAGGAGGUCCGUGUGCAGGCUGGCGCGUUUGGCUGCCUGAACCGUAUCAUGGGUGUUUACUACGAUAAGAUGCGCUUCUACAUGGAGAAGGCUCUGUUUGGCUUGAGCAUUAUGGGCAUGAAGAGCGAGGAGGAAGAUGUUGCCAAGCUGGCCAUUGAAUUCUGGUGCACCGUUUGCGAGGAAGAGAUUGCUAUUGAGGACGACAACGCGGUGGCUCAACAGGAAGGCUCAGAGGCCCGGCCAUACUUUGGGUUUGCUCGCAUCGCAACUCGUGAGGUUCUCCCUGUUUUGUUGCAAGCCAUGUGCCGCCAGGACGAGGAUGCCGGUGACGACGAGUACAACGUGUCGCGUGCCGCCUACCAGGCGCUGCAGCUCUACGCUCAGUGUGUGCAGGGUGACGUAAUCCAGCCCGUCGUGGGUUUUGUGGAGGAGAACAUUCGCAGCGAAGACUGGCGCCGUCGGGAUGCCGCCGUGGCGUCCUUUGGUGCCAUCAUGGAGGGCCCCGAGCCCAGUACGCUGGAGCCUUUGAUCAAACAGGCCCUGUCGGUGCUGCUGGGUAUGAUGGAGGAUAGCUCGGUGCAGGUGCGGGAUUCCACUGCGUACGCUCUGGGUCGCGUGUGCGACUGCUGCCCCGAGGUCCUUGACCCGGAUGUUCACCUGCAGCCGCUGAUCUCUUGCCUCUUCAACGGUCUGGCAAGCACCCCCAAGAUCGCCAGCUCCUGCUGCUGGGCUCUUAUGAAUGUGGCCGAUCGGUUCGCUGGCGACGCUGGCUCGCAGACCAACCCUCUGUCGAAGCACUUCGAGAACAGCAUCAAGUCGCUUCUCGCAGUUACUGAGCGUCAAGAUGCCGAUAACCAGCUCCGUACCGCCGGGUACGAAGUUCUCAACUCGUUUGUUCUCAACUCGGCCAACGACAGUCUGCCCAUGGUGGCCAGUCUCUCGGAUGUGAUUAUCCAACGUCUGGAGCAGACAAUUCCCAUGCAGCAGCAGGUUGUCAGUACCGAGGACCGGAUUCUCCUGGAAGAGAUGCAGACCAGCUUGAUUAGCGUGGUUCUGGCUAUUGUUCAACGUUUGGAGACCGAGAUCAAGCCGCAGUCUGACCGCAUCAUGAGCGUCAUGCUUCAAGUUCUCAACACUGUUGGUGCCAAGUCGAGUGUGCCGGAUGUCGUUUUCGCCACGGUGGGUGCUGUUGCCAGUGCUCUUGAAGAGGACUUCAUCAAGUACAUGGAAUCUUUCAGCCCGUUCCUCUACAACGCAUUGGGCAACCAGGACGAGCCUGCUAUCUGCGCCAUGGCCAUCGGUUUGGUCAGUGACAUCUCGCGUGCGUUGAACGACAAGGUCCAGCCUUUCUGCGAUACCUUCAUGAACUUGUUGCUCAACAUCCUUCGCACGUCUACCAACCAGCUCAAGCCUGCCAUCUUGGAGACUUUCGGUGAUAUUGCCCAGGCGAUUGGAACCAACUUUGACACCUACCUGCCCGUCGUCGGCCAGGUCCUCCAGCAGGCGUCCUCUGUGACUACCAGCUCUGACCUGCCAUACGACAUGGUGGACUACAUUGUCUCCCUCCGCGAGGGUAUCAUGGAUGCCUGGGGUGGUAUCCUCCUUUCUUACAAGGGCAAGCCCCAAAUUACGCAAAUCCAACCCUUUGUCGAGUCCAUCUUCCAGCUUCUCCACAACAUCUCCCAGGAGGGUAACCGAAGCGAAGGUCUUAUGCGAUCCUCGAUGGGCGUGAUUGGUGAUCUCGCAGAUGCUUUCCCCAACGGCGAACUGGCUGCUUACUUCCGCAAUGAUUGGGUCACCACCUUGGUCCGCGAAACCCGCACGACCCGACACUUCAGCGCGCGGACGAUCGAGACCGCUCGCUGGACUCGUGAGCAGGUCAAGCGCCAGAUCAACAUGAGCACUGGCAACAUGAACGCCAUGGCAUAG